AUGUACCGUCUAGCCCUCACCGCUGUCGCUGUAGCCGCUGCUCAGGCUAUGUACCGUCUAGCCCUCACCGCUGUCGCUGUAGCCGCUGCUCAGGCUAUGUACCGUCUAGCCCUCACCGCUGUCACUGUAGCCACUGCUCAGGCUAUGUACCGUCUAGCCCUCACCGCUGUCACUGUAGCCGCUGCUCAGGCUAUGUACCGUCUAGCCCUCACCGCUGUCACUGUAACGGCUGCUCAGGCUAUGUACCGUCUAGCCCUCACCGCUGUCGCUGUAGCCGCUGCUCUGGCUAUGUACCGUCUAGCCCUCACCGCUGUCACUGUAGCCGCUGCUCAGGCUAUGUACCGUCUAGCCCUCACCGCUGUCACUGUAGCCGCUGCUCAGGCUAUGUACCGUCUAGCCCUCACCGCUGUCACUGUAACGGCUGCUCAGGCUAUGUACCGUCUAGCCCUCACCGCUGUCGCUGUAGCCGCUGCUCAGGCUAUGUACCGUCUAGCCCUCACCGCUGUCACUGUAGCCGCUGCUCAGGCUAUGUACCGUCUAGCCCCCACCGCUGUCACUGUAGCCACUGCUCAGGCUAUGUACCGUCUAGCCCUCACCGCUGUCGCUGUAGCCGCUGCUCAGGCUAUGUACCGUCUAGCCCUCACCGCUGUCACUGUAACGGCUGCUCAGGCUAUGUACCGUCUAGCCCUCACCGCUGUCACUGUAGCCGCUGCUCAGGCUAUGUACCGUCUAGCCCUCACCGCUGUCACUGUAGCCACUGCUCAGGCUAUGUACCGUCUAGCCCUCACCGCUGUCACUGUAGCCACUGCUCAGGCUAUGUACCGUCUAGCCCUCACCGCUGUCGCUGUAGCCGCUGCUCAGGCUAUGUACCGUCUAGCCCUCACCGCUGUCGCUGUAGCCGCUGCUCAGGCUAUGUACCGUCUAGCCCUCACCGCUGUCGCUGUAGCCGCUGCUCAGGCUAUGUACCGUCUAGCCCUCACCGCUGUCACUGUAGCCACUGCUCAGGCUAUGUACCGUCUAGCCCUCACCGCUGUCACUGUAGCCGCUGCUCAGGCUAUGUACCGUCUAGCCCUCACCGCUGUCACUGUAACGGCUGCUCAGGCUAUGUACCGUCUAGCCCUCACCGCUGUCGCUGUAGCCGCUGCUCUGGCUAUGUACCGUCUAGCCCUCAUCGCUGUCACUGUAGCCGCUGCUCAGGCUAUGUACCGUCUAGCCCUCACCGCUGUCACUGUAGCCGCUGCUCAGGCUAUGUACCGUCUAGCCCUCACCGCUGUCACUGUAACGGCUGCUCAGGCUAUGUACCGUCUAGCCCUCAUCGCUGUCACUGUAACCGCUGCUCAGACUGUACCGUCUAGCCCUCACCGCUGUCGCUGUAGCCGCUGCUCAGUGUCCAUGUCGGGCAUCGGUAAAGCCUCGGGACUCAUGGUUCGAGACCUGCAGUCAAUGGCCAUUCAUGUGCUGGGCUAUGGAGGUCGCGUGCUGGGCUGUGAUAGUGUAAAUGUUAGAGUCGUCCAUAGCCUGGAGCUUGGAGCUGUCGUCUCAACGGCGUGCUCGCCACGUAUGCACAAGGAGCACGAGGCGAGCGAACUCUACCUCAGCCUCGACCCGGGCCUGUCCGAACUCACCGAGGCCCUGUACGCGCUGCUUUCGCACAACCGGUGGUACCACUUCGUGCUGGUCACCGACGAGUCUCCCGAGGCAUCCACCGUGGCUCGCAGGCUGGCCACCCUGUGCCAGGGCGCCCCCUGGCGUCCGCUGCUGCACGUCACACUCCCCGCGGCGGCUUCCGGUUCCGGUGGCGGCGGCGGCGAGGGCGGCGACGACGACCAGCGGCGGCCGGCGCCCAUGCUCAGUCAGCUGGCGCGUGUCAGCGCCAGUCGCGCCCGCGUCCUACUGCUGUUCGCCGAGCCUCACCUGGCCCGCGCCGUGCUGGACGCGGCGCGCACGUUGAACCUGCUGGCCGGCGAGCACCUGUGGCUGUUUGUCGAGAGGGCCGAUCCACAUCCCAGAGGAGAGAGUCCGUGCCGCGAAGACAGCGAGGGCCCCGUGGACGUUCCUGAGCGGUGUCCCCUGGGAGCGCUGAGCCUGCGCCUUCGCCGGGGCCCCGUGGAGCGUACCGAGGCCCCCCGCUGGCUGGUGGGGCUCCUCAGGGACGCCCUGGCGCGGUGGGGGCCCGUCGAGUGGCCGCUGGCAUUGCGCAACGUCUCCUCUGCACCGGCGCCCAGCUGCUGGGAGGAGGCGGGAGCUCGUCGACACGCCUUCUCCACCCGACUGCACGGCUACCUCCGCGCGGCCGCGGCGGAGGCGGUGCAGAGUCAGCGCUUCCCGCCGCCUGUGUUCGACGUGCUCAACCUGGUGCCGGCGGGCAGCGUGGCGCGCUGGCGCGCCGUGGGCAACGUGACGCGCGGCUCGGCGCAGCUCGACUCGAUCCUCUGGCCCUCGGGUGCCGGCCAGCAGCCAACGCUGACGGGGCCCCGCACCUGGGGCCGCCAGCGGUUCCGCGUGGUCACCGCGUACGCGGCGCCUUUCGUCAUGGCCGCCACGCGCAUCGGGAACGGCAGCUGCCUCAGUGGCGUCCCCUGUCUGCAGGUGUCCACUGCCGACCCGGAAAAGCUGGCGGCGCUGUUCGCGCACUACCACCUGACUCGCGGCGCGACCAGGCACCCGCUCUACAACGUGACCUGCUGCGCCGGCAUCGCCAUGGACCUGCUCACCUCCCUCGCCCGGGACCUGGCCUUCGACUUCGACCUGUACCUGGUCGCCGACGGCAGCUUCGGCACCGACCGCGGCGGCAAGUGGGGAGGCAUCACCGCCGACCUCAUCUCCGGGGCUGCCCACCUGGCGGCGACCGCGUACUCUGUGACGUCAUCGCGGUCUCGCUGGGUGGACUUCUCGGUGCCCUACUUCCACUCGGGCGUCUCGUGCCUCGCCUACGCCGUCAAGCGCGACGUACCCCUCUCGGCCUUCCUCAUUCCCUUCAGCGUGCCCCUCUGGCUCGCCAUCUUCCUCAGCCUCAAGGUGACAGCGCUAGCUGCCGCGCUGUACGAAUGGUUCUCGCCGUUCGGCCUGAAUCCGUGGGGCCGCCAGCGGACCAAGAACUUCAGCCUGGCGUCGGCGCUGUGGGUGAUGUGGUCCCUCCUCUUUUCGCACCUCGUCGCCUUCAAGGCGCCCAAGUCGUGGCCCAACAAGGUGCUCAUCAACCUCUGGGGCUGCUUCUCCGUCAUAUUCCUCGCCUCAUACACGGCCAACAUCGCGGCCCACUUCGCUGGCCUCUUCUUCCAGAUGCAAGUGCACGACUUCCACGACACCAGCCUCCUGAGCCAACGCACGGGCACGGCCCGCGGCACUGCCGCCGAGGGCUACGUGUUCGCCGAGAACAAGCGUCUGUGGGAGCACAUCCAGCGCUUCGGCGUGCCCACACUCGAGGACGGGCUCGAGUCCCUCCGGUCGGGGGCGCUCGACGUGCUCAUCGGCGACACGGCUGUGCUCAACUACUACCGGGCCAAUGAGCCCAGCUGCCGGCUGCGGCUGCUGGGGGACUCCAUCUUCGACGACGCGUACGCCGUGGGGAUGACCCGCGGAUUUCCUCUCGCUAAAGGGAUCUCGGAGCUGGUGCUGCGCUACAACGCGCUAGGCUACCUCGACCAACUGCACAGCAAGUGGUACGGCCGCGCGCCCUGUCUACAGGAUGGCCUGCUGCAGCGGCUGGACAAGCCGCUUCCGCUUGGCGUGCGCGCGGUGGCCGGCCUGUUCCUGAUGCUGCUGGUCGGUCUGCUGGCCGGCUCGCUCGUUCUCAUCAUCGAGCACCUCGUCUUCCGCUACGCUCUGCCGGGCCUUAGGGCCCGCUCGCGAAACUGCUUCUGGAAGAGCCCAAACCUCAUGUUUUUCAGCCAGAAACUGUACCGCUUCAUCAACACAGUGGAGCUGGUAUCCCCACAUCACUCGGCCAAGGAGAUUGUGAGCAACCUACGGGAAGGUCAAAUCGCCAGUCUGUUCCAGAAGAGCGUUAAGCGAAAAAUCAAGGAGGAGGCUCGCCGUAGGAAGAGCAAGUCCCAGUUCUUUGAGAUGAUCCAAGAAGUGCGUCGGGCUGUUCAACAGCAACAGUCGGAACGAGCAGGCGAGGAGGCCGACUCGCCAACUAGCCGCCAGGAUGAUGGCCCACUCAGCGCUACAUCCAGUAGCGGGCCCCUUUUGGUCCGGGAGCCAGGCUCCCCAUCAACGAGCAGCAGCAGUCCUACCUCCCGUCCGGGCUCGCCCCGCCUGCGGGGCGCGGGCGCACUCCUCAGCGUCAGCCUCGAGACCCUCGUCUCACCGCGCGUGCCGGUGCGUCGGCGGCGAGCGAGGUCCCUGGGUGACCUCUCGCAACUACGGCCGCCCUGGGAGCCCCGGCGAGUGACCCUGGCGCCGUCCAGAGCACUGGACGACGUCUGCCUACAGGGCCUGUCGCGGGAGCAGCUCGUUCGCCGCUGGCGCGACUCCGAGCGUCGCCUGCUCAACCUGCUGCGCGAGGCGGUGCGCGAAAAGCAGGCGCUGGAGCGAAAGUUGGCCUUCCUGCACAACGCCCUGCGCAGGAAGCCGCCCUGAUGAUGGGACGAAGAGCCGCGCUACUAGCGGCGGCUCUUCUUCGCCAUUUGUCCCUGUGCCACGAACUCUUGACGGCCACCGCCAAUCAGUGGCACAUAUGGGGGGUGGGCUUUCGGAAUAUACGGCAAUCGGACCUCGUGAUGGCCGGGAGGCCCGCCAUAGCAGCGCGGCCUACCUUUUAUGCGCUCGUUAUACUAGCUUUGGCGGGCGUGCUUUCGCCAAAAGAUCGCUAUGCAGAAGACUGUCAUUCGUUUUGUCGACGGUGCGAGAUGGAGUACUUUUGACGCAGUCAGCGUUUGGUGCCGUCAGCUUCUGGCGCCCCGGUGCAAACGCUCAGCCGCUGCGUCGCUUCAGGUGACCGUCCCUGAUUCGCUCACGUACGCGCUGAAUCAUGCGGCGCUGUCCACGGGGCAGUCGCGAGAGCUGCUUGCCUAUUCUCGCAGUCGUGUGGCACAUUCCUCGGCGUGAAUGCUAUAGUCCAUUGUGAUGCGUUACAGGCAAUUAAGCACGCGUCACGGCACGGUUCCUCACGCGGAUCGGUUAUUAGUAUUAGCGUUAAUGUGUGUGCGGCCAAAAUCUUUAGCAACGUGGGUUUCCCCGCAGCUUUUCAGUUGCGGUGCUUCAAAAGCCCCUUUCUGCCAAAGACUCACGGCUGCGCCGGGUGCCGACGACCAUCUCUUUCUCACUCACACUGCAGCACUUGAUGAGCGUACAACCGCGGGCUCUUUAUCUCUGUAUGUGUCGCAUCGCUAUAUCUCUACUUGCUGUGCCAUUACUGCAUGGUAUCGCUGCUACUACUACUGCUAUUUCUCUCGGCUCCUCCGCCCUUCUCGCCUGCACGUGGUGGGGACACGUUGUUGUCCGAUAGUACUUGUCUGGUAAUACUUUGGUCUCGCUCCGUAUGCUAAGUAUCACCCUCUCCUUCUCAAUAAGGGGCUGGAGGAGACCAAUGGUGCUAUAAAUGCCGCGCUUGGCGCGGCGCUCAUCGUUGCUUU